GAGCGUCAACCCUCCACCCCUCGAGGAAGCCGAGCGACAUCCAUCAGAGUCGUUGCAAUCUCAGAGGCACUCUCGAGCACUUCUCAGGCGGCGCUCCGCUGAACACUUCACCGGGUCGUCACGUCGAGCUCCGGCCAGGUCUCGGUGAUCUCUGGCGGGUUUCCCCUCUCCUUCAGAACUGUGGGAGAGAUGCGACGUCUCGGAGGAGGAGGAGACCAACUGGCCAAGCAGCAGCAGCAACAGCAGCAGCAGCAGCACACACCUGCGAGCAGGGUCUGAGUUUGUUUCGAUAACGUCAAAGAAAGGUAUUUUGCGGGCAUCACUAUGACUGAUGGGGAUUAUGACUACCUUAUAAAGCUCCUUGCCCUGGGGGACUCUGGCGUGGGGAAGACCACCUUCUUGUACCGAUACACAGACAACAAGUUCAACCCCAAGUUCAUCACCACAGUCGGCAUCGACUUCAGGGAAAAGAGAGUGGUGUACACAGCGUCCAACCCCAAUGGGGCAACCACGGGGAAAACCUUCAAGGUUCACCUUCAGCUCUGGGACACAGCUGGACAGGAGAGGUUCCGCAGCCUGACAACGGCGUUCUUCAGGGACGCCAUGGGGUUCCUGCUGAUGUUUGAUCUCACCAGCCAGCAGAGCUUCCUCAAUGUCAGAAACUGGAUGAGCCAGCUGCAAGCCAAUGCCUACUGUGAGAAUCCAGAUAUUGUGUUAAUAGGAAACAAGGCGGAUCUGGCCGACCAGCGCGAGGUUCAGGAGAAACAGGCCAAGGAGCUGGCUGAUAAAUAUGGGAUUCCGUACUUUGAGACGAGUGCAGCGACAGGUGCGGAGGUUGACAAGGCGGUCAUAACGCUGUUGGACCUGGUCAUGAAGAGGAUGGAGCAGUGCGUCGACAAACCGCCCGCUGAGCCAGCCAAUGGGAACGGGGCCACAAAGCUCGCUGAUGCGCAGCCCAAUGAGAAGAAAUGUGCAUGCUAGAUGAAGAAGGCAACGACCAGUCAGCGCUCCUCUGUCCGUCUGUCCUUUCUACUCGCAACAUUCCCUCCUUCUUUUACCUUCGCCGUCAUCUUUUGAUUGCAUGUGUCUUCAUCUUCUCCUGUUCACUUACUUCUCUUUAAAACUAACCUUUGACCAUCUUCUGGUACUCUUUAAUUUCUCCUUCUUUCUCCUCCCAAAGUGUCUGCCAGAGGGCAAUGAAACAACCCUGCCCCCCUCUAGUGGAUAUUCGAGGUAAUACAGUCUCAGCCUGUCUGCCUUUGAGCUCUGUUUAGGAGGAAAUGAAAACAGGAGGGGACAGUUUCAUCACUGUCAGACACAAAAUGUGCCUCGUUUAAAACAUGCAGCCUGGGAAUUAAGCCCUGCACACUUCCAAUUUGUCUGCUCGCAAGUGGUUUGAAUGAUUUAAAUGGAUCUACACAGGCAAAAGGAGUUGUUUAAAACUUUUAAUUUGAACUCCUUAACUGAUCAUCACUUCUAACAGGGGAAAAAUGUUGCGUCCUGUUUAGUCUGUCACUUGAUGACGACAGCCUGAUCCGGAUCGUUAAGAGUUUAACAGCUGUGUGCCUGUGUACAUUAAAUCAUGGUCCUCUCCUUACACUUUUCCUCCUGGACCAGGGUGUUUAAAACUUUUUAAUUUAGUCUGUCACUUGAUGACGACAGCCUGAUCCGGACCGUUAAGAGUUUAACAGCUGUGUGUCUGUGUACAUUAAAUCAUGGUCCUCUCCUUACACUUGUCCUCCUGGACCAGGGUGAGCAACUGUUACCAGUUUUUCUUUCUUUUUUUUGCCCCCUAGUUUUCACACUGUUUUCAAUGCUGUACCUGUAUUAGGGUUAGGGGUUACUUUAGACAUGUAUCAUCAUUUUUCAGUGUUUCAAGACGUUUUUGUCUCAUUCACAGAUGCAAGACGUUUGCUAAAAAUGCACCACAUUGUAUUUAAUGUACAGAAGUUUGCUACGGUGCCAUGGUGGAGGUCUUAGACACCUGAGUGAAAAUGGCUGUUUGUUAAGCUAAUGUCCGCUUGUUAGCUUAUAUGGCUAACUACAAGGAUGUGUAAUGACAGCUCAGUCCACAAUGAGCUGUGCAGAUAAUUAUUGGGCCUAUAUCAAACUUUAUAUUAGUAACAGUAAAUACCCGACAUAGAGAUACCCACGACACAAAGUGGAGGAGGGUAAAUAGCCUCUGCAGAUCCUAUGUUAUUUUUCAUAACCGAACUGGUCAGAGUAGAGUGUUCUGCUUAUUUCCAGUUGCUGGUGAUUAUCAUAAAGCAGUAUUACAUAUUCAUAUUUUGGAUCAACACCCUUGAUGAAUUGAAUAUUUUUGUUGACACUAAUUCAAAAAACAACCUUGGAAGAAAUGUUGAUAUGACAGACUCAACUAACAGUCACAGGCUUCCUGUUUGCACAUCUGAUUAGCAGCUUAUGUAGCUAGCUAGCCACAAACUGGCUAACGUAGGUUUAUCAGUGUUAGCAGUGGCUACAAGUGUCAUGCUAGUAUUAACAGAUAUAACAUAUUUUUGUAUAAUUCUUGCCACACGAUAAACAUGUUGUUAUACAGACUAGCCUACUAACUAGGUUGUUGCCGUUGAGUUGUUGCUUUCUGUGCCAAUAUUUGAAGCGUUCUCGUUUCCCCUUUCUAUCCGACUUUUGAUACCAAAACAACAAGUUAAGCUAACGCAACCUACCCUGCAGUGCUUUUCUUUGUCCAUUCUUACAGGACUGACUGCCAUAUGAUUUAUUAGAAAUAGCAUUCUUUGGAUAUUUUUACAUUACAUUAAUAACAUUGGAUAUUUUGCUUAGUAUAUAGGCUACCUUUCUGUUUCCUAGCCCCACACUUAGAGACACACUAAGCUAUCAGCUAUCACUCUGUUAGCAGGCAGUUUGGUUAUACUUUUCUGUUGCACAGCUAACUCUCCAUUAGAUCUCCAUGAUGGUGCCAGACAGACUUGCAGAUAGUAUACCAUUCAUAUUGUAGGACGAUUUAUGGGUACAGCAUGGCACAGGUGAAGUAGAGAAAAAAAGCCUCCAUAUCUAUCCAUCAUUAAUAGACUGUCCUAGACCAGGAUAGACUUGCUUGUUCCAAACUGAUCUACUGCCUUGGCUUUUUCAAGCGUUAUUCCACUGUGAUGGAACAUACUUUAAUCUCUGUGGGAGUUUGAGAUAAGUCAGCUAAAAAUAUCAGCUGCUCUGGGGACGCAAAGUCACCGUAAGAAAGAUAGUGGCUAUUUUACGGAUGGAACAAACAUGGCAUGUAAGUCAGUAUAAUAUAUGCAGUAAUAAAAAGUGAAAUGACCUUAUGAGUGGAGAGGAUAAUUUAAUCGAAUCAGCAUCAUUAUCAUGAGAAUAGACCUUUUCUGAAAAUGGAAAAAAUGGCAAAUGUCAGUUGUGGUGAGUCAGCUUUUCAGGGGAGCUGAUUUUUCAUGUUGACCUCUCAUCUCUUUAUAAAAUCAGACAAAGUGAAAUAUCGCUUUAAGGCCCCAUACAUGACCAAUGUUGUUAGAAUUUAAAGUGACCAAUUAUUUAUAUUAAAAUAAAUGGAAAACAUAUUA